AUGAAUGAAGAUGGUGAGAAAAACCCCCGACAAUUUUUACAAAUGUUGGAAAAUACUGGUGAUAAUUCAAGAAAGUUGGUAUCUCUAAUUGACCAGAACAGAACAGCAGAGCUGUCAAUAUUGGACAUUUUAGCGGCAAUACGGACAAACUUAAAAGAAGGUGGUAACCUUGAAUUCUAUUUGGGCAUUUAUAGUUCAUUGGUAACGGAAUUUAAGGUUGUAAACACGCAGCAUUUGAGUCUUUUCCUUACCUAUAUAGGUAAGAACUCAAAGGUUGAUCACCAUAUUUUACUCAUAUUGGUACAAAAUUUACAGACUGAUAAGGUUAAAACUACGCAAGUGAUUACAGAUUAUUUGGAGUUGUUAGUGGAUGAAGAAGACACACUAGAUUACGCAUCAUUUUGCAACUUUCUUGCAGUGAUGGAAAUGUGCUUCCCCUUGAUACCUAAUGAGUGUGCAGAGAUCUAUACCAAAGACAAGACAAGAGAUCUUUUUUUAUCAAAGAGCGAGGAACCUCAUAACUUUUUACCUAUAUUGAAGUGCAUUUCCAGCUCGUGUAUUGUUGAAAACUGCAGAAAGCUUAAUGGCGAGAUGUAUAGUGCACUCUUGUUACGUACAUUCGAAUGCAAAGAUGUUCAUGUAAGGCUACUUGCCAGCCUUGAUUUGGCCAAGGAAUGGACAUAUAUGAAAUCCACCACAUCCAACUCCAAGUUGAAGCUAACAGAUAUUGCAGAUGUCCUUAUGCUGUACCUAAACCAAGAGCACGAAAUGGAGUAUGUUGGCUACUCAAUCGAAGCGCUAACAUACUUGACUUUAUUUUGGGAGACUCGUGAAUUGAUAAGAAGAGAUGUCUUGUUUGUUGAGAAGCUUGUUAAAGCAUUACAAAAGUUUUCUUCUGCUGAUGUUGCUGUUAAUACUUCUAUCCAGUAUGGGAUACUUUCCAUCUUGGCCAAUUUGUCAAGAAUAAAGGAGAAAGAUCCCCGUGAACAAUUGAAACAUUUCUCAGUACCAAAGGAAGGCUCCGAGAGCACUGAAGAAAAAUCAGAAAAUAUAAUGUUGUUUAACAAAGAGCUUCUCGAAAGUGACCAUCUUGUAUCUAACUUGUACCAAAUUAAAACCUUUGAAGCAUCUAGCUCAAACCUCAUGAAUGUGGUAAUUGAUAUCAUCUAUAACAUCUCAGUUGACCAAAAGAAGAUGGUGAGAAUAGAAUUAGUGAAACAGGGCGCCUUGACUAUUGUGAUCAAUUACCUUAUCAAACACAGUAAGAUAAACAAGGAAGAAAACCGGGUUGUAUCUGCAUCUUUGGAAAAAGAAGAAAACUCUUUUUCUUCUGCUUCUGCUUCUGCUGCUGUUUUCCGCUUGAAAGCAUUGAGAAGUUUAGCCCGGAUGUUAAUUUGUGUUAAUCCAAAAUUGGCAUUUGAGAAGUUUGACGUUCGAACUUCGAUCCCAUUCCUUAUUGAAAUGCUCGAUGAUGUUGAUGAUAACUCUCAACUUAUGAGUGCUUUGGAUAAAUAUGAAGCACUUUUGUCACUAACAAAUAUUGCGUCUAUUGAUGAUUCGCAGUUAAAAGAUUUUAUUGUAAACGAAAUCAUGCCAUAUAUUGACAAUUUGAUACUCUUGGACGUACAAUUCCAGAUUUCCACAUAUGAACUACUAAAUAAUCUCAUUACGCAGCCAAUACUAUUGGCCAAAUUCUUCAAUAUCAAACAAGAUCUGAAUAAAAGGAGACUAACUAUUAGUUUGAAGUUAUUGAAUUCAAAUGAUGUGGAUUUGCAAAUAAUAGUGGCUAAAUUUUUUGUAAACGCUACAAACUUUGAUAUGAUUGCAGAUGUAAUUGUUGAUGAUCAAACCGUUUUUGAAGAGAUUUUAAAUGUGAUCUCGAUUUUCACUUGA